AUGUUAGAUAUUAACCAAUUCAUUGAAGAAAAGGGUGGUAACCCAGAAUUAAUUAGACAAUCCCAAAAGGCCAGAUAUGCCAGCGUUGAACUUGUUGACGAUAUCAUUGCUGACUACAAGGACUGGGUCAAGACCAGAUUCGAACUAGAUGAGUUAAAUAAGAAAUUAAACAAGCUACAAAAGGAUAUUGGUUUGAAAUUCAAGAAUAAGGAAGAUCCAAAGGAAUUAUUAGCUGAGAAGGAUGAAAUUACCGCUCAAAAGGCUAAAUUGACUGAACAAGAACAAGCAGAUGAUAAGGAUUUGAAGGAAAAGAUUAUGCAAGUUGGUAACAUUGUUCACCCUUCUGUUGUUAUUUCCAACGAUGAAGACAACAAUGAAUUGGUCCGUACUUGGAAGCCAGAAGACUUGGAAGAAGUCGGACCUGUUGCUUCCGUUACUGGUAAGCCAGCUAAAUUAUCUCAUCAUGAAAUUCUUUUGAGAUUGGAUGGGUACGAUCCAGAACGUGGUGUUAAGAUCUCCGGUCACAGAGGUUUCUUCCUAAGAAACUACGGUGUCUUCUUGAACCAAGCUUUAAUCAAUUACGGUUUGAAUUUCUUGGCCCAAAAGGGUUACAUCCCAUUACAAGCUCCAGUUAUGAUGAACAAGGAAGUUAUGGCUAAGACUGCCCAAUUGUCCCAAUUUGAUGAAGAAUUAUACAAGGUCAUUGAUGGUGAUGAUGAAAAAUAUUUAAUUGCUACCUCAGAACAACCAAUUUCUGCAUACCAUAGUGGAGAAUGGUUCGAAAAGCCACAAGAACAAUUACCAAUUAGAUAUGUUGGUUAUUCUUCUUGUUUCCGUAGAGAAGCUGGUUCUCACGGUAAAGAUGCUUGGGGUAUUUUCAGAGUGCAUGCUUUUGAAAAGAUAGAACAAUUUGUUUUGACCGAACCAGAAAAUUCAUGGGAAGAAUUUGAUAAGAUGAUUGAUCACUCUGAAGAGUUCUAUCAAUCUUUGAAGCUUCCAUACCGUGUCGUUGGUAUCGUGUCUGGUGAAUUAAACAAUGCUGCUGCCAAGAAGUACGAUUUGGAAGCUUGGUUCCCAUACCAAAAAGAAUAUAAAGAAUUAGUCUCAUGUUCUAACUGUACCGAUUACCAAUCAAGAAACUUGGAAAUUAGAUGUGGUAUCAAGAAGAUGGGUGACAGAGAAAAGAAAUACGUUCACUGUUUGAACUCCACUCUAUCUGCCACAGAAAGAGCUUUGUGUUGUAUCCUAGAAAAUUACCAAACUGAAGAUGGUUUGGUUGUCCCAGAAGUGCUUAGAAGAUAUAUCCCUGGUGAACCUGAAUUCUUACCAUUCGUCAAGGAAUUACCAAAGAACUCUACUUCCAACAAGAAGAAGAAUUAA